GUUGCUUAGCAACCCGCAGAAAAACCAGCUGAACGCUUCUCUCACGAAUCCAACAUCGUAAACAACCCGCACAACACUUCGACAAGUCUUGGUUUUGCGUGUUCGAGCUGUAAUAUUUCAAGCUUGCAGAAAUCAUGUACCACAUUGUCUGCUUUGUUGACACUGAAGAAGUGGAGGUUGUACCUGCAAUCUGGGUGAAGAAUGGUGUGUGUUUAUGGCCUCCAUACAAGGAUGAAGAAAUUCAGAGGGCUGCCAAGCGUUUGGAGCAACCCCAGGAGUUUUGGUCUGCAUAUAAAGUAAAAAUUUUGUAUACUGCAAAUAAUUAUAGUGAAGCAUGCCAGAAGCUGCCUCUUGCAGAACAGCAGGCCGAUCUCCAGUCAGAGGCCGAGCCUGACUCCACGAGGCCACCAAAACGACAAAUAAAGCGAAACAGGCACCUGCUGGGUGAUUAUGACAGUGAUGAGGAGGCUACCACACUCCUAAAAAAACCUCUGCCACCUCAGCAGAUUUCCCAGCAGCUGUGGCAAGCAAGUUCUUCUUCCAGUGCAUCACAAGACAUCACAGAACAUAACAGUGAAUUGACAUGGCCACAGGACACAACUGUACAGUCUUCCGAACAUGAAACACCCAGAGCCCAGAGAAAAAGCCUCUCAAGCUGUGACCCAUUCAUAGCAUCGCUUCUCCGUGAAAUCUUAACUAAACAAGACAUUCUUAUGGAGCAGCAGAAGAACAUUAUAAGAAUGGUGCAAGAUCUCAAAGCAAACAGUGUUCGUGAGAUCACAGAGGCUGACCAUUCAAGUCCAGAACAGUUUCUAAUUGAAGAUUUAAAGUCGUUAACUUCCAUGGAAAGUGAUCUUCGAUCGUGUCCAGAAACUAUACUAAAAGUGGAAACAAACAGUGAGAGUGGAGAAGAUGAAAUGGCACACAAUGAUGAAGAAUCCUGUACAGUGCAAAUAGAAAACCAACAGGCACCAAAGAUGGUAAAACCCUGUCCGGUACAAACUGGAAAGCAUCGGGCACCAAAGAUGGGAAAACCCUGUCCGGGACAAAUAGGAAAGCGACGGACGCCAAAGUUGGGCAAACCCUGUGGUCCUACAUGUGGAAAGAAAUGUACGAAGAAGAUCCCGCAUGUUCGAAGAAAAGAGAUAUUCAACUCCUAUCGGGCAAUGUCACACAGCGACAAAUGGGCUUUUGUAUUUCACUCAGUUACCCAGUUAUUGACAAGCCGUCUCACAACGGCAGGUCCCAGCAGACGCAAUAAGACUUUUAAGUAUCAUCUAAAUAACAGCCUCGGACAACCUCAAGACGUUUGCAAAACUUUCUACCUAACCACAUUGGGAUACCACCCGAAAAACGACAGUGUGAUUGUCAGCGUGACAAGCAACAUGUCCAGCGCUGUUCCUCCUCAAGACCGCAGAGGGCGACACCCACCUGCCAAUAAAAUAGAUCUGUCGCCAAUUCACAAACACAUUGAAUCGUUCAAUCCAACUGUCAGUGACCGUAAAUGCGAACAUGCCUCAAGCAGACGAUAUUUACCAAGCAAUGUAAAUGUUGUGAAGAUGUAUAAAGACUUUAAAGCCAAAAAUGCCAUCGCGUGUUCAUAUGAAACCUAUAGGAGAGCUAUAAGAGACAUGAAUAUAAGCUUCAGGAAGCUGCAUGCGGAAGAGUGCAAAAAGUGUCUGGAACCUGAUAUUCACAGGAAGACUGAGUAUCUCUAAAGCAAACGGUAGCAAAUAAACCCUGUGGCCAUUGUCACAGUGUGCUAAAUGUAAAAUAAGACCAUGAGGCUACACGGGCCAUUCUACAAAACUGGUGCAAACUACUGUCUCACAACCAAAAAACACAUUAAAGUUUUCAAAUCUUAGAUGUUUACUAAGAUCCCACAAUCAUAUUUAAAAUAUCAGUAAGCUUAAUACAUAUAUAAUCAUCAUUUAGUGGGUACUUUCAAUUUGGAGGUGGCUGUCCCGAACCCUAACCCCUAAAUUUCAACUUCUAAAAAUAUUGAAUAAAUUUUGCAUUUUGUUUUGAUAUAUUUUGCAUUGAUAUAUUUUUUUAAUAAAGUGAAGUUCAAAAAAUAUUUGUUAUAUAUUUUUUUGUAAAUUAUGAAAAAAAAGUGUCCUGCGUUUUCAUGUCAGUACCGUUGUUUUAGUCCAUUGGCUGAAACUGAUUUUAACUAUAUUCCUAUAUUUAUGAUCAGGAAACAUUUAUGUGUCACACUCUCUCAUAGCUACAUGCUGAGUAGAUAGGCCCCAUCAUCAAGGUAAAUGUUCAAAAGAAUUUAACAACCAUUUUUCUAUAAUUAAAUACACUUUUUUGGGAGUUAUUCUAAAAAAUUAGUUUUUAUAUGUGCACAACUGUUCAGAACUGUGCUAGCUAACCAUGUGCUGAUUAGCAUCUUCAAGCUAGGUUGAAAAGUAUCUACAAUUGUCAGGACCGAAACAUUUGAUGGCGUUUCGAUAGUUAUAUCUUAGUUUUUUGGGGGUUUUAUCCCAUAAAAUUGUCAGUACCAUAACAGUAACUCCACCAAACUCCACUAAAUGUUUCGGUAGUGACAAUUGUAGAUACUUUUCAACCUAUACUUUUCUUGUUUUUUUUUUGGUGUUAUCGCUUAAAUUGUCAUUACCGAAACAGUCACGACUGAAACAUUUGGUGAUGUCACUACCGAAACUCCACCAAAUGUUUCGAUAGUGACAUCUUUGUUUUUUUUUGUUUUUGUUUUGGGUGUUAUCCCAUAAAAUUGUCACUACCGGAACAGUCAUGACUGAAACAUUUGUUGGAGUUUAGGUUGUGACAUCUUUGUUUUUUUUGGGGGGUGUUAUCCCAAAAAAUCGUCACUACCAAACAGUCACAGCCAAAACAUUUGGUGAAGUUUCGGUAGUGACAUCUUUGUUUUUUGGGGUAUUAUCCCAUAAAAUUGUCACUACUGAAACAGUCAUGACUGAAACAUUUGGUGGAGUUUCGGUAGUGACAUCGUUUUUCUUUUGGUGUUAUCCCAUAAAAUUGUCACUACCAUAACAUUCACGACCCAAACAUUUGGUGGAGUUGCGAUAGUGGCAUCUUUGUUUUUUUUUUGGGUGUUAUCCCAAAAA